UGUUGUGUUUGCUCUUUGUUUUCCCGUUCUUGUGUUUUUGCCUUAAAGUUAUCUGCACCAAACGCUAGAAGUCGCCGCAAUUGGCAUCACUGCGAUAUCGAAUGUGAAGGAGAUCUCGAAAGUGUAGUAUUUUUAAUGAGAUUUUCCAUAACAUUUUCCGUGCAAUUCCAAAGGUUCUAGCAUUUGUCUACAGUUUUCUUUUAAACACAAGAUAAAAUCUUGAUUGCAGGAGUUCAUGUCAAGAGAGAAGUCCCGAGCUCAAUUUAGCACCGGCACACUCGAGAGGAAUCAGGAGGUGCCUAUACAGUUUUCUCUUGUACUCACAGUUUCACACCGCCAUCCAAUUAAAGGUUACAACACAAUAUGAAUACAAGCCGCAAACACAUCCAAAGCAAAACCCAUUCAGAGACCACGCAAUACAAGAAAUUCAGUUGCAGUUAUCCUCUUUCUCAAUGAGGACAAGAGCCGUUAUAGCAAAGGAAUUAAAGCCUCUUUCUGCACCCCCAAUAGCAUAGUGACCCCAAUCACUAGCGUGCUUGGUGCGUCAAGUUGAAACCUCCUAAAACUAACUCCCUAAAGUUUCAUAUUAACCUGUAAAGUUCCAGCUCUCCUUUCCCCCUCUCUUAAGAAAUCGGCUAUGCAUUCAAAUUAUAUUUCUUAAGACUCGAGCACCUUGCUUGAAUCAAGCGCAAGAUCAGAACAAAUAUUUGAAUAUACCCCAUGCUUCAUUUCUAGUCAAUAAUUGUUCCUUUGAAGCAACAUUAACUAAUCUUUUCCCUCCUAUAAAAACCUACCUCAACAGUCCCCUUCAACCUCAGUCAAAAUGAAGAAGACAAUUUUCUUUGUAGCUACACUAGUAGUACUAGCUUUGGCGACGGUAGAGAGCAUUCCUUUCACCGAGAAGGAUCUCUCUUCAGAGAAGAGCCUUUGGGAUUUAUACGAGAGAUGGAGAAGCCACCACACGGUGAGUAGAGACCUCGAUGAGAAGCACAAGAGGUUCUGUGUGUUUAAGGAGAAUGUGAAGUUCAUACAUGAGUUCAACCGGAAGGAUAAACCAUACAAGUUGAGGCUCAACAAAUUUGGAGACAUGACCAAAGAUGAGUUUAGAAGGACAUUUGCGGGGUCUAGAAUUAGCCACCAUAGGAUGCUACGGGGGAGUCCUCGCGGCAAUGGAGGAUUCAUGCAUGAGAAUGUCACGGAUCUGCCAGCAUCUGUGGACUGGAGGCAGAAGGGUGCAGUUACUGCUGUUAAGGAUCAAGGCCAAUGCGGAAGUUGUUGGGCAUUCUCUACUGUUGUGUCCGUGGAGGGCAUAAAUCAGAUCAAGACCAGCAAUCUUGUUUCCUUAUCAGAGCAAGAGCUUGUGGAUUGUGACAAUGGCGAUAACAACGGUUGUGAUGGUGGUCUAAUGGACAAUGCAUUCGAUUUCAUCAAGAAAAAUGGAGGAAUAACUACUGAGAAAGACUAUCCUUAUAUUGCUACAGAACGAAAAUGUGAUGCUACAAAGGAGAAUUCCCAUCACAUAGUUGUGAUUGAUGGACAUGAGGACAUUCCUGAGAACGAUGAAGAAGCUCUGAUGAAAGCAGUAGCGAACCAGCCUGUAUCAGUCGCCAUAGAAGCAAGUGGCUCAGCCUUCCAGUUCUAUUCUGAGGGUGUUUUCACAGGCGAUUGUGGCACAGAGUUGGACCAUGGAGUCGCUGUAGUUGGUUAUGGAACAACUCAAGAUGGUACUAAAUAUUGGAUCGUGAAAAAUUCCUGGGGAGCAGACUGGGGCGAGAAUGGAUAUAUCAGGAUGGAGAGAGGGAUAUCGGUGUCUGCGGGCUUGUGUGGGAUCGCUAUGGAGGCGUCAUAUCCGAUCAAGACAUCUCCUAACCCUGAUCAGAAGAAGGAUGCAGUACUCAAAGAAGAACUCUAAGAUGUUUGCUUGUAUUAGUUUCAUACCUUAAGGAUAGUAGAAGACUGAUUUAUUGUGUCAUGUUUGUGUUAUUUUAAGUUGUGUGAGGAUGAAUAAAUUGUUUAGUGACAUGGUAUGAUGCUAUACCAAAUUCUAAGAGUCCGAGU